CCCUGCAACGUUUCAGCGGGCCAUGAAUAUGGCCUUCGCUGAGUUCGUUAACAAAACCCGACUAACCCAGCCCCUGAUCAAUUUCUGCGUGAUUGUGUACAUGGAUGAUAUUUUGGUCUUUUCAAAAAUACACGAGUACCACGUGGAACACAUUGAGUGGGUUUUGCAUGCACUAAAAGAUGCGGGGUUCAAAGUGGCCUUGGAGAAAAGCGAGUUCUUCUUGUCGGAGAUCUCAUUCUUGGGGUACAUCGUCACUGUCGAUGGACUAAAACCGGAUCCGAGGAAGGUGGCAGCAGUUCAAGAAGCCCCGACGCCGGUCACACUCACCCAGGUUCGGGCUUUUCUAGGGCAGGCAUCCURUUACCGACGCUUCAUCAAGGGGUUCGCCGGUGUAGCGAAGCCCCUAACGAACCUGCUGAAAAAAGAGGAGCAGCUGAUCUUGACGCCGGAAAGCGAAGCGCCGUUUCAGGCGUUGAAGGAGGCUCUGACAUCUGCUCCUGUGUUGGCGUGUCCCGACCCGACAAGACCGUUCGCACUGUACAUCGAUUGGCAGCCGCAGGCGAUAUCGGAGGUGCUGACUCAACACGGGGCGGACAGAAGGGAACACGUCAUUGAAUAUGCAUCCAAGACGCUGGGCCAGACGCAGGCUAAUUACAAAGCGUGCAAAGGCGAAUGCCUGGCGGUGGUGUGGGGGAUUCAGCAUUUCCGACCGUAUCUUUACGGCCAGAAAUUCGUGCUGGUAACGGAUCAUCAGCCGCUGCUGUCCCUACGCAACAACACAAACUACACGGGGACGCUGGGAAGGUGGGCGGUACGUUUGCAGGACUAUGACUUCGACAUCCGCCACCGUGCCACGCAGCAGCAUGGCAACGCCGAUGGAUUGACGCGCCUCCUACCGCCCAACAAGUGUCCCGCCAACGAGCGACUCAUUCCGUGGAGGCCAGAAGCCGCGGCGACGAAACCGCACUACGGGGAGCUACACGUGCUGCGCAAGGACGACGCCUGAGUCCGGAAUGGAGGUUUCGCCGGAGAUGGAAGACGCUAUCUCUUUGCCCUCAUCCAACU